AUGGCGCCUGUCACUCGCUAUUCGGCCAGAGACCGCACUCCAGGCACGACCCAACAACGGGACAACAUCCUGAUCAAUGGCAUCGCCAAACCGGCGGGAAUUCGCAAACGACUGAAGCCAGAUAAGCCAGAUAAACAGAAGGCAGCCCUAGAAGAGAACCCUCCAGAGGAUCUGGAUGCAACUACGCCAACCUCACUGCUACCGGACAUGGACAUGGACCUGGAAUCAAUAGAUCAACCACCAUCAGCUCUCCCAGAGCCCCAGAACCCAGAUGGGCAGCUGGACCAUGAGCUGACAGGACAUGUUAACACUAUCCUGCAAGCCCAGGCUAUGAAAGAGAAGGAAGAAGAUGAAGAUAUACUAGAAAUUCUAACUCUUUUGGACAAGAAAAUCUCCUCCAUGAAACAAAAAGAACAGCCUAGAGCCCUCUCCUUUGGCAAAGCUCUGCAUACAUUCAUGCAGA